AUGAAACGUUUAACAAAUGAAUUGUUAAUUAAAAUUCUUAAACGCUUGGAAGAGGAUGAUAAACGAGCCUUGGUUUCUUUUAAUUUAAUAAAUAAACACAUUCAUCAAAACUUUGUGGAUAACAAUUUCAUUGAUCAAAACCAUCGAGACGAUAAUUUCGUUUACCAAAGCCCUGGAAACGAUAAUUACAUUCAUCAAAACCCUAGAGACAAUACUUACAUUCAAACCCCCGGAGACAACAAUUACAUUCAUCAAACUCCUGGAGACAAUAAUUACAUUCAAACCCCCGGAGACAAUAAUUACAUUCAUACAAGCCUUGGAGACAAUAAUUACGCUCAUCAAAGCCCCGGAGGCAACAAUUACAUUCACCCAAGCCCCGGAGGCAACAAUUACACUCACACAAGCCCCGGAAACAAUAAUUACACUCACCCAAGUCCCGGAAACAAUAAUUACACUCACCAAAGUCCCGGAAACAAUAAUCACAUUCACCAAAACCCUGGUGACAAUAAUUUCGGUCACCAAAAUCCUGGAAACAAUAAUUAUAUUCAUCAAAACUUUGUAUACAAUUACAUCAGCCAAAGUAAUAAUUUCAUUCGUCAAAAUCCUGAAAACAUUAAUCUCAUUCAUCAAAACCCUGAAAACAAUAAUUACAAUAAUCAAAAUUCUAGCGUUGGUUAUUCAGUUUUUCAAAACUCUGUAUACGAUAAUAAUUUCAUUCGUCAAAACCCUAGCAACAACUCUUUCGUCAUGAAAGAUGAUAAUAGUCUUUCAUCUAUUCAUGGCCCUAAUUCAUUUAUGAUGGUAGAAGCUGAAAUAAACAAAUAUGAGAUCAACAUUGGUGAUCAUAAUCAAUUGAGCAAUAUGGAUUCAGAGAAAUGGUUUUGGGAAUUAAAAAAAGAAUAUGAUCAGGUAUCUUCAGCUACUUCUGGUAACAUGAAAUUUACUACUCUAUUCAAAGAUUAUGUCAUCAAGAUCUAUGAUCGUAUUCAUAAAGAAAAAAAACAAGAUUUAGAUGAACAAUUUAUAGAUAUAGGUAUUAAGACUCCACAUGAGCCAGCUUGCAUGGAGCUUUAA